AUGUCCUGAAGUCUCCCCUGAUCAUCUUCGUGGUGGGCGGCCCUGGCUGCGGGAAAGGGACACAGUGCAGAAACAUGGCCACCAAGUACGGUUUCUGCCACGUGGGGCUGGGCCAGCUGCUGCGGGAGGAGGCUCAGAGGUGCACCCGGCGGGGUCAGCAGAUCCGGGACAUCAUGCAGCAGGGACUCCUGGUGCCCACGGGUCUCAUCCUGGACAUGGUCAGUGACAACAUGUUGGCUCAUCCAGAGAGCCGAGGCUUCCUCAUCGAUGGCUUCCCCAGAGAGCUGGAACAGGCCAAAGAGUUUGAGCGGAUUGUGGGCAGGGCCCCCAACAUAGUCAUGGUGUUUGACUGCUCCAUGGAGACCAUGGUGAGAAGAGUGUUGCAACGAGGGCAGGUAGAGCACCGAGCAGAUGAUUCAGAGCCGGCCAUCCGCAAGCGCCUGGAGACACACUACACCCUGUGUGAACCUGUCCUGACCUUCUACCAGCAAAAGAACGUUCUGCGAAAUAUCUUGGCUGAAGAAGCCCCUGAGAAUGUUUUUGCCAAGUGCUGCUUGGUCAUUGAGAGUCUGCAGUGAGGAGCUGAUGUCUGGCCUACCCCAUUCCCCACGGCACACAGGACCUAGGCCCGUGAGGUGAGACCUUGUCGAUAACAGGGCCCCUUGUGGGGAGACAGGAACCUAAUACAGCCAGAGGGGAACUACCUAGAGGUGGUAGCUGUCACUGCAUCAUGUAGACCCUGGUUAUUUUUGUAGACUGUCAUGGUUUGCAGGUGGUCUGAGGGCAGCUUUGAGUAGAUUCUUUUGACUGAUGGUAUGGCUCGUAAGUUUCCCUGUGAAGGAUUAGGGGAGCCACUACACCUGAUUUUGGGACCAGCACUUUUACCUGCAGUGCCAUCUCCCUGGCCUUGACUGAUUGACCCAGGCUUGACCUCUACUUCCUUCCCACUCAAUGUUACACACACACACACACACACACACACACAGAGAGAGAGAGAGAGAGAGAGAGAGAGAGAGAGUGUCAGACCUGUGUCCCAACGGGAUGCUUCCCCAAGGCAGCUUUAGUGACAAGUGUGGCCACAUCCAUGGGAACAUGAGCCCCAGGGAUGCUCCUCAGUGCCUGGUUCCCCAGGUACCAGAGGGAAAGAGUGCAGAUGGCUGGGCAGGCUCACCAAAAGGAAGGGGACUGCAUCCCACUCCAUCCCCUCUACCCCACUUACCCUGCUUCCUCUACAAGCACAGCCCAUGUGUACUGAAAGGGAAGUCAGGAAAACUUGUACCUGCCAACUGUGUCCUAAAAACCAAGAAAAAAUCCCCACAACACAAAGCGGCUCACCUCCAGUCACCAUCACCAGGGUUAUGUUCACAACAUCUACAAAGGUCAUCUGUUUCAGAAGCCUAUUUUGAAGGGCGGGAGACAGACAGCAGCCAGCGAGACACGGGGAGGUUUUGUUACCAUUUAUUUGUGAAGUUAAAAACGAGCGAUAAAAAGUAAAAACUGCCAUACAAUUUUUUUUGUUUUGUUCUCAUUUUUUUCUCAGUUUAUCUCAUCUUCAACAGAUGACAACGUACCAGGCCAGUCCUGGGGGUUGGGGUGGGUAUAGGGUGGAGCCAGGAAAGAGCAGGGGGGAGAGAGUGGGGAGAGGGGGAGAGACAGAUAGAUGGGCAGGGCAGGAGGGGCCUGCGACACCCACACCUGGUCCAAGGAAUGUUCCAACUCUAACUAAAAAAAACGAAAAAAAGAGAUAGCAAGAGUGACUUUCUUUCCUUUUAAAAAGUUUAUUUAAAAACAAGAAUAGGGCCCCGGGCAGUAGGGAGAAAGUGAACCGCUUCCCUCAGAGGGGUAGGCUCGGAGGCUGGGGGAUAGAGAUUUAUAUAUUUCUAUAUAUAUAUCAUUUAAUAGGUUUUGUUCUGCUCUUUGUGAUUUAAUUUUUUAAACUUUUUUUGGCAGAGGUUAAAUUCUCGCUAUUUUCUAAGGCUGGCUCAACAUGAAGGAUCCCGAUUUUGGAAGGAAAAAGAUGUGAGACACACAGAAUGAGAGAGGGAACGCCUCAGCAUGAGGGGGACCCUGCACCCCGGGCGGCCGUUGCUCUCUCACCAAACCAAUCAAAUAUAGAAACCAAUAAAAGCCCCCAAAUGGAACAAAAAUGGAGGGAAAAAACAUUUUCACAGAUGAA